GCAUACAAAUCACACUGGCCACCAUCAGAGUUGAGCGAUACAACACACGCACACACAGACAGACAGACAGACAGACAGACAUACAGGAGCUGGUCAAAGAAAGGCGCUGCACAAUCAGGACACAGCCCCGAAGCACCUCCGACCAGCACACAUACAAAGGAGUGCAUCCGCCAUCACCAGCUCUCAUCAGGGUGCAUUUAUUCCUCCUUCUGAUCCCGGUCCCGGCGACUCGGACUGGUGUAUAAUGUCAAUUAUGGUGCAUUAGGGACAAGAAAGGACACACACAUAAUGAAACACAUUCAGGUGAUGUCGCGAAUAAUCUGUUUCCGUUUCACCUCUCUCUGCGCCUCCGACAGCCUCUCGUACAGCCGUCUCCUCCUUCUGUCGCCAAUCGAGACGUGAUCUUCGCCCUCACGUGUGUGCAGCUCGGCGCUUUCCACCGCGUCCUCCACGUGCCUCAAGUCGCUCUCGCAUUCAUAGCACAGUUCCUCAGCCUCCUCCUGCGUGUCCAUCAGGGCACACAGCGCCCUCCGUGCCACUAGCAGAUGGUCGGGUGGUCUCGCCUCCUGUGCCGUGAGGCGGGCGACGUCUGCCUGAGCCAUUUUCUGCGGAGUGAUUGGCUGGGUCUUGAGUCUCAUCAGCCGCUGGUCGACGUCGUUGAUGGCCGCAAGGGACGAGUGGAGGACCUUGUGGUACUCCAUCUCCGUGUCUCUCAUAACUCUGAUACCGCGGCUCCUCUUGCCCCUUUUCUUGGUUUCUUCGGAAGCAGUGGAGACGAGCUCAGAGUGCGCGGCAGAAGACGGUCGAGCUGGAAUGGCCCGCUCCAGCCACAUGCUCUCUGGGACGAUAUCGCGGAGUUGGCGGUUGAUGUGGUGGAGCCGCUCGCUGUCCUCUGCAUCUGGCAGGAAUGCGCUGAUGCCUUCAGACCGUGGAGUGCUGAGGUCUGAGGAGCUGAUGCUCUCCUUGCUCUCCUGGCGGGGGUCGUCUUGUGCUCCCUCUGAUAAUCUUGCCUCCUCCUUCUUGGAUACGCCUUCAAUGCUCCGUGCCCUUUGCCGCAGAUGAUUCCGGUUGUUCCGAUGAGCAAGGCCGGCUGACGACGAGGUCUGACUCAUCGACGAGACAGAUGGUGACCGGCUGGGCUGGCGCAGGACGGUCGAUUUCCGUGCAGGUAGAGUGGUGGGAUAAGUCGACUCGGCUCGCUCUUUUCCCCUCGCUUCAGAACUGGUUGCGGUUUGUGCUUCCCUCUCCUCGAUAAUGCGAUCCAGCCUGUGUAUCUCUUGUAGCCCCUCCUGGAUCUUCGUCCGAAGCGAAGAAGAAUGUGUCUCCUUGUCCUCAUCGUUGCGGCCAAAUUGUGUCUCUUUCCGCUCCGUGCGUUCCGCAGCUUCAAUCCUCUUGAUCGGUAUCUCUUUCACGGUGUCCUGCAUGCAUCACGCAUCAGAGAGAAACGGAAUUGCAGUACCUAGUGAAAUUCGUCGACAACACUUUCGAGGCAGUGCCACUCACUUUGUCAAAGUACUUUGUGAGAAACGAUGGGACGGCGGUGCGAACAGCUGCAUGAUCUUCUUCUUCUUGUCGCGUCUGGUCUUGCCGCGACUCCUGCGCAGCUUCGACAGCCAUGUCCACCGACUCAUCAAAGUCGGCAGGGAACGCCACAAGCGCCUCUGAGGUCCCCUGCUGCCGUUCGUGGGCUGCUGGCGAGCCCCCUGUAUCUGCAAGGCUGGAUUCCUCUGGCCCUGGCUGGUAGAAUUUCUUGCGCCUCAGCUGGGAAAGAUAUGCAUCAAGCUCAUAUCUCUGUCGCUUCGACCGUUCCAUGGCUGCGUCAAGGACGGUCAUGAUGCUUCUCGAGUUGAUGGGACCUGAGGUCUCCUCUGCAGUCGACGGGUCACCGGUGGGGUCAGAUGUGCGUGCAGGUCCAUGAGGGACAGGAGAUGGGUCGAUGAAGUCGCAGGUGGUGCCUUCUGUGACGGUCACCAU